AUGAUAAGCUCCGAUAACCAGUCUUUAGUUCACAGAACCCACACAACCCAAUCUCAUCAGCAAGAUGAACAACCCGACCAAUCAUCACAACCCACCAUUGAUUUUGAUCCUCAAAGCAAUUGCAGGCCUCCCCAUACAAACCCAAUUCGCUAUUUGCUUCGCGAGCAGCGCCUCCUCUUCGUCCUCAUUGGCAUCGCCAUAGCCACCCUCUUCUUCAGCAGCUUCCCCUUAUCAAACCCGGAACUGGCGACGACCCACGACCCGGGUUUCGAAUCAGAGUCGGGUCUCGACCUCCCGGCCAACCCGACCAGGAGGGUGCUCUACGAGGCCCGAGGUGUUGGGUUUGGGUCUGUGAUGAGCGCGGGCGGGAAGGUGCCGCUGGGUCUGAAGAAGAAGAACCAGAGGAUUGUGGUGACCGGUGGGGCCGGGUUCGUGGGGAGCCACCUCGUGGACCGUCUGAUGGCGAGAGGGGACAGCGUGAUCGUACUGGAUAAUUUCUUCACGGGGAGGAAAGAGAACCUGGUGCACCACUUUGGGAACCCGAAGUUCGAGCUCAUUCGACACGACGUCGUUGAGCCGAUUCUGUUGGAGGUUGACCAGAUCUACCACCUCGCUUGCCCUGCCUCCCCUGUUCAUUACAAGUUCAAUCCGGUCAAGACCAUCAUAUCCUUUUUAUUAUUCUCUAUGAUAUUUUUGUUUUGGGUUGGGGUCCUUGAUUUGUUGUGUGAGCUUGGGGUUCACAAGACCAAUGUGGUGGGCACAUUGAACAUGCUGGGACUGGCAAAAAGAGUGGGUGCACGCUUCUUGCUCACAAGCACCAGUGAGGUGUAUGGUGACCCCUUGCAGCACCCUCAGGUUGAGUCCUACUGGGGCAAUGUCAACCCCAUCGGAGUAAGGAGCUGUUACGAUGAGGGAAAACGCACAGCAGAGACUCUCACCAUGGAUUACCAUAGAGGCCUUGGCAUUGAGGUGAGAAUUGCUCGGAUUUUCAAUACUUAUGGACCACGUAUGUGCAUCGAUGAUGGUCGUGUUGUUAGCAAUUUCGUAGCUCAGGCACUAAGGAAGGAGCCAUUGACAGUUUACGGUGAUGGCAAGCAAACCAGAAGUUUCCAAUACGUUUCUGACUUGGUUGAGGGUCUAAUGCGACUGAUGGAAGGAAAUCAUGUGGGCCCCUUCAAUCUUGGCAACCCUGGUGAAUUCACCAUGCUAGAACUUGCUCAGGUUGUACAAGACACUAUAGAUCCGAAUGCAAAGAUAGAGUUCAGGCCCAACACAGAAGACGACCCACAUAAAAGGAAGCCAGACAUUUCAAAGGCUAAGGAGCUUCUCGGGUGGGAGCCUAAUGUGUCCCUCCGCAAGGGCCUUCCUCUUAUGGUCGCCGACUUUAGACACCGUAUAUUUGGUGACCCAAAAGACAACGGAGGAGGCUCUACAACCUUCGCUUGA